GCUUAUGUGCGUAUUCUCCAAACCCUUAGAGCUCCUCGUGUGACCGCUUUAAGUGGCCAACGGCUUAAAUCAUCUUUUCUGCAGAUUUUGAAAAACCUCGCAUAAACCCCGGCCCGAACAAAUACACAGCGUAGAAUAAAUCCAACCGAGAUCCAGUUGUAGCAGCAUAACACAAAUUAUACCAUGGGUUGGAAGGCUGCUGAAAAGCUCAUUAAAAACUGGAAGAUUCUCAGAGGAGACUAUGUCAUGAUAAUGGCGGGGAAGGAUAAGGGUCAGAACGGCACAAUUAAGAGAGUAAUCAGAUCCCAAAACCGAGUUAUUGUCGAGGGCAAGAAUUUGGUUAAGAAACAUGUUAAACGAGGAGAGGGACGUGAAGGUGGAAUUUUCACAGUAGAGGCACCACUUCAUGUUUCAAAUGUCCAAGUACUUGAUCCCGUUACUGGUAAUCCAUGUAAGAUUGGGAUCAGGUUUUUAGAGGAUGGUACUAAAGUAAGGGUAUCUCGGGGAAUGGGAGCUUCUGGGUCAAUCAUUCCUCGUCCUGAGAUCUUGAAAAUGAGGAGCACACCAAGGAUAGAUUUGGUGGGUCCAAAAGAUACAACUGCAAAGGAUGUUCUCGAAAGGACAUAUGAUGCAGAGGGUGGAAGAGGUCUUCCAGAGCUCUAAAUAGUAACUUAGCCUCUGCACAUUUUGACAUAGAUCCAAUGGGUUGUAUGCGUUGAUAAUUAUCAAAUGUCCUUAUGAUUGUUUGCUUUGGAAUAAUCGUUGGAAGCUACACAUGUGAAAGCUUUCCUUGUAUAUUUUUUGAUUUGGCUCAUUAUUCCUUAACAUUUCUAUAUGCUUCACAAUCUGAAUCAACAAUACAAUAACAUCAAGUUAAAGAAAGUACUCCUUUAAAGGAAAUGGAAUGUGAAUGCAUUCUUCUUUCUUUUUUACUUUGUAAGCACUGUUGAAAUCUAAUAUUUGCAAGUUAAUCCCAGUGUUACUAAUUUAAGAAA